GAACAGGCACUGGUAGUGGGCGUGGUUUGCUACUGCGCAUCCGUUGGGUGCUAAGACUACGUUACGCCAUAUAUUAGGUCUACUGUUCCUUUCUCUUUCUGUAACAAAGACAUUUUCCUCUUACUUGAGACGCAUUGGAAUAUUGACUACCUUUCCCCACUAAUUGGAUGACUAAAGUAUUGUCAAAGAUAACUUGAUAGCUUUCUGCGUUGUUUACACUGGAAACCAUCAUUUGGACCAGAAAACGUGGGGUGUGGUAAACCCUUACGGGAUGGAACAGAGGAGGGAGACUUUGCCGGACAGUCUGGAUUUCACAGUAGAAAAUGUAGAAAAGGCACUGCAUCAGCUGUACUAUGACCCUAACAUUGAGAACAAGAACUUGGCACAGAAGUGGUUAAUGCAGGCACAGAUUUCACCCCAGGCUUGGCAGUUCAGCUGGGUUCUGCUCAGUGCUGACAAGGUGCCAGAGAUCCAGUACUUUGGCGCUAGUGCUCUUCACAUCAAAAUUUCCCGGUACUGGAGUGAUAUACCUACAGAUCAGUAUGAUUCUCUAAAAUCCCAGCUGUUCUCCCAGAUAACAUCCUUUGCCACUGGCUCUAAGAUUGUUCUUACUAGACUGUGUGUAGCUUUGGCGUCACUGGCACUGAACAUGAUGCCAGACAGUUGGCCUUGUGCAGUUAGUGACAUGGUCUGCAUGUUUCAAGAGAAUGGCUCAAACUUGGAUGGUAGAGCUCGAUGCCUAGCUCUCCUGGAACUGUUGACAGUACUUCCAGAGGAGAUUCAGACCAUUCGCCUUCCUCAGUACAGGAAAGGACAAGUACGUAAUGCCUUGACUCAGGAGUCUGGACCUGUUUUCCCAUUAUUGUUGCAACUCCUUCAACAACGAGAAUCCCCUUCUUCCAUCAAACAAAAGGUUCUGAAGUGUUUUUCUAGCUGGGUUCAACUGGAUAUUCCUUUGACACAGUGUGAGAAUUUAAUUCAGGUGGCAUUAGUAUCCUUGCAGGAUGCAGAGCUGUUUGACACAGCUGUGGAAGCAGUAGUAAAUGCAAUCUCUCAGCCAGAUGCACAAAGAUAUGUUAACACACUGCUGAAACUCAUACCUCAGGUACUGGCAUUACAGGAUCAGCUUCGACAAGCUGUGCAGAAUGGAGAUAUGGAGACAUCCCAUGGGAUUUGCCGAAUUGCUGUUGCACUAGGAGAAAACCAUUCCAGAGUACUGCUGGAUCAGGUGGAGCACUGGCAAGAUUUCCUUUCCCUUGUGAAUAUGAUUAUGUUUUGCACUGGCAUUCCAGGUCAUUACCCUGUGAAUGAGACGACUAGCUCGUUAACUCUCACCUUUUGGUACACCUUGCAGGAUGAUAUCAUGUCAUUUGAAACAGAGAAACAGGCAGUGUAUUUGCAGAUUUACAGGCCAGUUUAUUUUCAACUGGUGGAUGUAUUGCUUCAUAAGGCUCAGUUUCCCUCUGAUGAAGAUUAUUCGUCAUGGUCCUCUGAUGAGAAAGAACAGUUCAGGAUAUACAGGGUCGAUAUUUCAGACACGUUGAUGUACGUGUACGAGCUGUUAGGUACAGAACUGUUGAGCAACCUCUAUGACAAGCUUGGACGCCUCCUCACUGACACAGACCAUCCUGCUUCUUGGCAGGUGCCUUGGCUGAGUGGCUUGCUGACCAUCCAGUUAUGAUCAACAGUGUCCUUCCACUGGUUCUUCAUGCUUUGGGAAAUCCAGAGCUGUCAAUCUCUAGUGUAUCCACACUUAAGAAGAUUUGCAGAGAGUGUAAAUAUGACCUACUACCAUAUGCAGCAAACAUUGUGUCAGUGUGUCAGGAUGUCCUGAUGAAACAAAUCCACAAGACAAGCCAGUGCAUGUGGCUGAUGCAGGCCCUGGGAUUUCUGCUGUCAACACUUCAGGUGGAAGAAAUACUAAAAAAUCUGCAUUCUCUUAUUUCACCAUAUAUUCAGCAACUAGAAACACUGGCAGAUGAAACGCCAAACUCUUCAAACAAGAUGGCAAUUAUUCAUAUUCUUGGCUUGCUGUCCAAUCUCUUUGCAACUUUGGAUAUUAGUCACCAUGAUGAUGACUUAGAGGGAACUGAAGUAAAGAAGCAACCUUUGGUACCGGGACCCAAUCCUGUGGUGAUGGUGUUGCAACAGGUUUUCCAGCUCAUUCAGAAGGUACUAAGUAAGUGGCUGAAUGAUGCUCAGGUGGUUGAGGCAGUAUGUGCAAUUUUUGAGAAAUCUGUAAAGACAUUAUUGGAUGACUUUGCUCCGAUGGUCCCACAGCUAUGUGAAAUGCUAGGACAGAUGUAUAGCACCAUUCCACAAGCCUCUGCAAUUGACCUUACCCGCCAGGCUCUGCGCAGGAAACCAGACCUAUUUUUAUCUGAAAGUCUGGAUAUGAAAGCUAUAUUCCAUUGUGGUAUCCUUUCAUUAAAGUUCCCUGAGGCCCCAACAGUGAAAGCGUGCUGUAUGUUUUUUGCUGAGUUGCUUCAACGCUGUGGAGACAUAGCACCUGCUGGACAAGUUGUACAUGAAGAGGGAAGACUACUUCUACAAACCGUUCUAGAGGGGAUUGGUGGACAGGCAUCCCGGCUUUUGAUGGAUCAGUUUGCUGACAUUCUGUUUGUUCUAAAUAAGCACUGCUUCAGCUACUUGAGUAUUUGGAUCAAGGAAGUUAUGCAGCAGCAGGGUUUUCCAUCUAGUCGAGUGACACAAGAACAGAAGAACACAUUUGCUCAACAGAUACUAAGGGUACGUGUGAACAAGAGACGAGUAAAAGAGAUGGUGAAGGAGUUUACAUUAAUAUGUCGGGGUCUGCACGGCACAGAAUAUGCUGCAGACUAAUGAAGCCAGUCUAACAGAUUCUAAAUAUCUUCACUUUCCUUUUUAUUUGAAGUAACCUGCAUAUCCUGAAAAAUAUGGUUUUAUUGUUCCAUUUGAUGUCAACUUCACCUUGCGAAAAUACCGGGUUAAGAAUGUCAGCAAACUAAAUGAGCUACCCACUGGAUAUUUCCAUGUAAAAGCACUUCCCAUUUUUAGACCUGUAAAGCUUCCUCUGACGCUUACCUUUGGCUGGACAUCCAGACAGCAUGACUGUUUUCCCUCAUUCAGAUAGUUUUCUUACAUUUCCUGUGGUACAAAUUCAUCCAAGUUAUAUAUAUAUAUAUAUAUAUAUAUAUAUAUAUAUAUAUAUAUAUAUAUAUAUAUAUAUAUAUAUGUGUGUGUGUGUGUAUAUACAUUUUUAAACAAAAUGGCUCAGUUAAAAGAUGGCUUUAGGGAAACUGCACUUUGAAGUAUUUUAUGAAGGACAGGCCACUACCACAAGUCCUAUAAAUUAAAGCAGAGUUCUGUUUAAUGCAUACUGACUGUGUGAUUCUGCCCAAGUGAGUGCUAAGUGUGUAAUGUUUUUAUGCAGUGGUUAAAUUGUCUGGCCGUGUGGUGUGGCUUUCUCCUAUAAAGAUCUUGUGGACACUAGUCUUCACAGACUUCCUGAGGGAGUAGUUGACAUUUCUUCCUCCUUCCAGCAAGUCAUGAGGAAUGCAAACUGAAAGAAUGCUGCUGAUUUUUAAGUGACUUUUGAAGACUUUUUGAUCCAUGUUAUGUAUGUACAACCCAGAAUUUCUCAAGGAUUACAGAAUGUUCUUUGAGGCCAUGCUGCAGCAGGAGGAGACAGCAUUUAUAUCCUCAGAACUUGGAGUUGGUGUUAAGUAACAAACCAAGGACUAAAUGAAGCCCUGUCUGUGGAAUUCAGAAGCAACUGUGCUGUCUUCUCCUUUUUUUAAACACUGUUUUAUUCCUUUAUCUACCUCCCCCUUUCUGAUAUCUUUUUCUCGCAUUUCUCCACCCAUCUAUGUUCUCUUACAUCAGAAAUAAAAAUGUUUGUUUCCUUGUCUGUUUCAAAGUAAUCAUGGUAGAUAUUUGUCCAUAAUGAAAUUCAGGUUGUAGUUAUUAAAAAAAAAAUGAAAAUCCCAAAGGAGAAAUUACAAGUAUUACAAGACUGUUUAUCUGUUACCUUUAUUAUCGGUACUUCUACAGAUCUGGUUAUUUGCACUAAUGUGAAUAUGACAAAGUCCAUACUGUGCUUACAACAAAUGCUUGAUUCUUGAAACACUAUUUAGCAGUCUGGCUCCCACUGCCUUGUACUCUUUGUGUUUUGGUCUCUGACAUCAUUGUGUUUACUGUGCGUUAACUUACUAUAAUGUCAGGUGUAUAUAGAAAUAAAUAACUCUAUUACUGGAAAUAAAUUGUUGACCAACACAGAAACUGAAAAAGGCAUACAUUAAAUUUAAUAGGUAUUUGUCA